GGAGUACUUUUUCUCCUCCUUCUGAUCUACUGCCGCGGAAUUAAUAGAGGGCGGCGGCGGCGGCGGGAUCAAGUUGCCAUUGCCACCGUUCUUAAUUCCCUCUACCGCAGUUCCAUUUUUCUUCGGUUGCUGCUCUUCGACGGCAUUCCUGGCCAUGUUUGUGGCUCAAAGAUCCCAAAAGCCAGCUUGGACUCGUCAAUGGCCACCUCCACAUCUCAGAUGCCCUCCACGCCCCCUCUCUCUUUUCCUGAGAGCAAACGUUGAUCUUGAGCUCGGCACAAUCCCCUCCUCCUCGAUCCUUUCGUUGCCUUGUUCCUAGGUAUGCUUUCCUUUAGAAAAGCAACAAACAAAGAUGCUCUCAUUCCCUUGCUGAACUCCUGGAAUCAAUGGGAACAACUUUGCCUGCACACUAUAUAACCAACACUAAUCUCAUAAUUGUUUUACUGGUUCCCUUUGUUUUCAUGUGAUUAUUCGCUUCUCGCACACACAGAAUCAUCCUCUGCUUAUUGCAACCUAGGAGUUUGUAUGGAGACUAUAGAGCUAAAGGUGGACAUGGUUGCAUUACAUGAGAAGAGAUUGAGGAAAUGUUUGUCCAAAGUGAAAGGCUCCUUGACAACAAGAUGCCAAAUAAUGUGGUUACUAUGUGAUGCGAUUUAUGAGACAAAUUGUUGAAGAAGUUGAAAUUAUCGAAAGAGAUUCACUACGAUCUAUAUUCACACAAGCAGAGUAUUCUCGAGAAGAAAUUGAUGAGGUGCGAUCGGAGUUGGCAGAAUGUAUACAAGAUCAUAUUUAUGAGUAGGUGCGUUCAAGUUUAUUGUUGCAAUGCUCUGAAGAAUAUUAAUGUCCAAACCAGAACAUUAGCAAUCGGCUCUGUACGUCCAAAGCAUUUGAAGGCCCUAGCACCAGUGCACAUUAAUACUAAGUUUAUCAAGCUGGAUGCUGAAAAUGCACCAUUUUUCGUGACGAAAUUGGCAAUCAAAACACUGCCCUGUGUUAUUUUAUUCAGGAAUGACAUUGCCUUUGAUAGGAUAGUCGGCUUUCAAGAUCUUGGAAGCAAAGAUGAUUUUACUGCCAGAGCUUUAGAAAAUCUUCUUAAAAGAAAAGGUGGAUACAGGACAGUCGAGAUCAGUACACUAAGGAGCAUCUGGAUUCAGUAAUUGAUCAGUACACUAAGCGUAUGGAUUCAGUAACUACUGUACUAUUUUGAGUAAACAGAUUGUUGGCUACUUCAGUAUUCAGUAUUCAGUAAACAGAUUAUUGGCUAAACAGAUUGUAGCUGUUCAAAACAGAUUUUUUGUGCUCUUUUGUUUUAUAUGUGAAUAUCACUAUAUACUUUGAAACAGAAUUAGUGUAAAUUUUGAUA